AUGGUGAUGCUGAGGAGAAUGAUGACUGUGAUGAUGAUGAGUAUGAAGAGGAGGAUAAGCAUGAGGAUGAAGAGCCUCAAACGGAGCUCCGAUCUCAUCCGGCAUUGCCGCACCCACACCGGUGAGAGGCCAUACAGCUGCGCUGAGUGUGGCAAGACCUUCACUCGCAAGUGUUCCCUCACCCAGCACUGCAGUGUGCACAGCACUGAGAAGUCCUUUACCUGCAGGGACUGCGGCAAGAAAUUCAAACAUAGCUUCACCCACACCAUUCAUCGCCGCAUCUACACCAGAGAGCAUCUGUUCCCCUGUGCCGACUGCAGCAAGAACUUCACCCGGAAGGUAUACCUCACAGAGCACCGUCGUGUGCACACUGGCGAGAAGACGUUCAGCUGUGCUGAGUGCGGCAAGGCCCUCAGACAUAAGUGCACUCUCAUUGACCACCACCGCACCCACACCGGUGAGAAACCGUUCACCUGUUCUGACUGUGGGAAGAGCUUCAGCCAGAAGGGUUAUCGUUUCACUCACCGCCGCAUCCACACCGGUGAGAAAACUUUCACUUGUACUGCCUGCAGAAAGAGCUUCACCCAGAAGGGGUAUAUCAACCAGCACCGCUGCACCCACACCAGAGAGCAGCCUGCACUGGAGGGGCGGCAUAAAGCUACCUAG